AUGGCUUAUUCUAGUUCAACACAGGACUUCGUUGCACUUUCAGAUCUGCAUCCAAAUCUUGCUCGUCCUAAUGUAAUCGGUGUGGUUAUUGGGAAAACAGAUGUCAGAGGCUUUCCAGACAGAAAAAACAUUGGGUCCGAAAGAUACACCUUCAGUUUUACUAUUCGUGAUUCACCAAGCGAUUUUAUAAAUGUAAAUUGUUGGGGCAGAGAAGAGUAUAUUAGAUCACUUUCAGAAAGCUUUAGAGUUGGUGACUGUGUUACAAUUGAAAAUCCUUUAGUUCAGUCAAAGGAAGCCGAAAGGGAAGAAAAAUUCAGCCCCGUAACUCCUAGUUGCUACAAAUUACUGCUCAGUGAAAAUCAUUCAGUGGUCAAAGCAUCUUCAUGUUACGGAAGGGACACCAAACUACUUUGUCUGUUGCAUCUGCCUGUCAAGGACCCUCAGGAUUAUUAUUCACUGGGUGAUAUCAUUGCAAAUGGACAAAGCCUUGACGGAAGAAUCCUUAAUGUGCUUGCAGCUGUAAUGUCAGUUGGGGAGCCAAAGUAUUUUAUGACUUUGGACAAAAGAAAAGGUCAGAGAUGUGAAGUAAAGCUGUAUGAUGAAACAGAGAUGUCUUUUCCAAUAGUAUGUUGGGAUAAUGAAUCUAUUCAGCUUGCGCAGAGUUGGAUCCCACGAGAAACAGUAAUAUUUGCAUCAGAUGUGAGAAUAAAUUUUGACAAAUUUAGAAACUGUAUGAUUGCGACUGUGAUAUCAAAAACCAUCAUUACCACUAACCCAGAAACAGCAGAAGCAAAUGUUCUCUUCAGCUUCAUAAAAGAGAGUGCACAAUCAGGAACUUUGCAUGAUAAACUGAAGGAGCAGUCAAAAGAAUCCAUUAACUUGGAGACUAUAGUUGAUGUUUAUACUGUGAAACAGCUGAAAGAAAAAGCUUUCCAGAGUGAUGGAAAACUUGAACCAGUUUAUGGCAUUAUUUAUGGCUACAUUUCUACACUGGACAUUGAUGAUAAUGCAUCUAAAGUUGUACGCAACAGAUGUUCAAUAUGCCGUUUUAUAGUGAAUGAAAUGUCAAACACAUGCACUUUCUGCAGUGACGUCUCUUCAGAUUCAAAGUCAACUUUUGCAAGCUUUGACAUACUCGUCGACCUGACAGAUCACACAGGCACUCUUUAUUCUUGUUACCUGUCUGACUGUGUAGCUGAGGAAACAUUAGGCUGCACAGUCCAUGAAUUCCUCGCUCUAGCAGAAGACAAGAAGACUGCAUUGAAAUGGCAACUUCUUUUGGAACGAAGCAAGAUUUAUUUUAAAGUUACUUUGUCAUCCACUUGGAGAACUGGACUGAAAGUGAAUGUUCUUUCAUGCAAACUGGCAGACCCUAGAGAGGCGAGUUGGAGCUUGUUGGGAAAAGAGACUGGAAAUAAGAGAUUACACUAUUAAUAACAGCUAGGAAAAAUACUCUCUUUGCUGUAUUUGUAGAAGUAGAAUGCUGUUGUUGUAUUUCACCAAGUAUGUUCUGACAGUAAAGAAGGAAUAUGCAUGACUAAUGCCUAUAAUUGGGCUUCUGUGUUGAUCUUUUUCAGGUUAUUGUACUUUAAAAAGUGUACUAGGGCCUCAGCUUAAGAAAAGAUAGUUCUACUGAAUUCAGCUCCUUAGAAGUGGAGUGUAAGCUUUCUUCACUUGGUUUAGAAUACCUUUGAAAAAAUCAGAAAUAAAUAGUACAAUACAGGUCUGAGCUGCUCUGUUUUCAACUGUCUGCUAAUUUUGUGCUAGUUUUGUCUUAGUGCAAAAUUAAAGCCUCACUUUGAAAUACUGCCUGGGUUUGUGGUGCGUGUUGGUAAGUCCAAACACGGAACUUUCGGCAGCUGCAGAGGCUUGGAAAUAGCCAUGGUGUUUGCAAGGCUGCUUUUCUUUGGGGCAGACUAAGUCUUAUUAGAAGAGACUAAUCAAUUUCCAGGGACCUCUGACAACCAAUCAAGCUAAGACUAUAUGAGUGGCAGAGAAAAAGGGCUCUUCAUUAGCAAGACAGUUGUUCUUAGCCAAACAUAAAGAACCCAGGUAUGCUUAUAAUAUGCCUUUAUCCAUGUUUUUUUCUUUCCUAUUUUUUAAUCUAUUUCUGUCCUUAGCAUCCCCUGCAGCUGGUGCACCGGUCCUCACCACGUGAGCGUAUGGGGACUUAUUUCAAAUGGUGGGAAGAUACCAGGGCCGCCUUUUACAAAGUAUUUGUUAGGUUAAAUACCCUGCGGAACUCAGAUUACACUUGGUGCACUACCUACCUGUUAAAGCAACUUGGCACACAGAAAACAACUACGGAAACAGUAAAUUUUAACAAGUAAUCCACCAAGAUUGCAUCCUCCUACUCAUGUGAGUGGGAACAAGGGACUAAAAGCACACCAAAAAAAAUUGACCAUGUUGGGUCACUGCAUCUCUCCUGUUGCAGCAACAAACAACGUCAACCCUUUCCAGCCGUAACAGGUAAUAUUCUCGUGAAUGUUUCCAGUGAGUUUAAUUACAGCUCAGCUCCGCGGUCAAUAAACAGUGCUGACGGCCAAACUACAAAUGAUGUGUUGUUGCUGUUGCCAUAGAUGGUAACAUUUGACAGGCAGGAAGAAAUGGAAGCAGCACAGAGAGCGAAUUUAAUUCUUCCUCUUUCAGAAUUUAUUGACCCCAGCUUCCCUGCUCAGCCCAGCUCUGUAGGCCUGACUUUGCUGCUUGGCCAGCUCCCCGAGUGGCAGCAAUAUCAGAGCACAGCUUCCCACUGACAGAGCCAGGCUUAAAUCGAGGAGCAGUUUGGGCUUCUGCGAGCCCCGGGGCUGGUUGUGUCUGGAGGCAAUGGCUAUACGCUCCAGCUGGCCUCGGUUCCUGAGGCUGCCCUCGGAUGGAGUCUGAAUUAUGUCCGCAGCACAUAGGUCUCAUCAUACGAAGAACGUUUACAUUUGCUUUAAACUAUUGGCUUAAGUGAACUGAAAUAAUAUGUGAAAUAUAUUAUUGUUAUUUCACUGAAUAUAAUUUUUUUAGUUCACUCAAAUUACAGCGAACUGAAACACCUGCAUGUUUGCCAGACUGGUGCCCAGUGCAGGUGGCAUAUGGGUAUGCAGUAGUGUACUACAGAUGCAUGCAGCUGGAGAAGCAGGCUGGCAGGAAAAUAUCUUUUUCUUCUGCUACAUGUUGCUCUUUCUUUUUAUGACGUGAUUUGCAGUAUCCUGGACUAUGCUGCUCUUUCACACGGGUGCUCAUCUUUGGGCUACAGUAAUUUUCUCUGUAAGACUCUCCAAAUGCACUUCUGAACCCACAACUUUUUCUAGCGAUUAUUAAGAUCUGGCUCCGAUAAAUGGAAGCAUUUAACUUCGGUCCUGGCACAUAUGUAAAAAAAUAAAUCAUCUGUUCCUGUUAGAAAUCAGUCAGUUCUGUGCAACGUUUGAAAAUGGUAAGUUUUGAUGUUUGCGGGGGGAGGGUUCUUUAAAUUAUAUUUUACAAAUCACUGUCCCUCCUUUGAAUUUCAAGAGAACCCGCUGUCAUGCAAACUAGUAGAGAGUGUUAAAUCAGUUGGAGUUUGGAAACUGGAAAAGUUCUACAGUGUGGCUUUUUAACAGCUGGAAAUAGUUAAAAAAUUCCAACUGUUCCACUGUAAGUAAUGGCAGUUGCUGCAGUUAGAUUUUUAUUAAAAAUAUAUUUAAAUGAGUAAAAGUAAAGACAAGUUUGCUGGUGAUCUUUAGCAGUGAUCUUCUUUAUUCUUGAUCUUUUAUAUUAUUUUACUCUUAGAAGUAUAUGUAAAGCUCAGUUUAGGGAAAAAACCCAACAAUCUGCCAAGCAUCUGGCACACUUCCUGCUGCAUUACGCCCCUUGGAGUGCAAGGGAAAGCAAUCCUCAUUUAAUUUGUACAUUUGAAAAAUGCAUGGAGGAAUCGUGAAACUAAUCUAAAAAGCAAA